UGAGGCUCAAUCUAAAAUUGGCAUCAAGUUACUUUUCCACUCUACUCUAGGGUAUAAAAUGCAACUUUCUUAUUAGCUUUUGAGCCUUUACGAGCUGGUGUAUAUUCUAUUUUUAUAUGCAUUGGUAUGCAUGUACCUAUUAUAGGAUCUGUCGAAAUGAUAGUUUGCUAUAGCUAGCAGUCUGUGGGCCUACCGCGAAAACCGAAUUUCGCAAAUUGCAGGGAUCUUUCUCUUUUACUCUCACUAAGACGUAAUUAGAGUGACAGAGAAAAAUGCCCGCAAUUGACGAACUUCGAUUUUCGCGGUUGUAACCCUGGUCCAGGCCUGAAGCCCGAUUGUCUCAUUUCAAACCUAGACGGAGAGUACCUACCUAUAUUUUAUAUUUUUCGUAAUUUUGGAGUUAGUCCCCUAAUAAAGUUCAGUAUGCCAUAUACAGAUUUACUUCGCAAAACAUGGCAGGGUUGCAAAAACACCCUGUAAUUUGUCGUUUCAUCGACUAUUUGACAAUCUAUGUUUGUACGCGUCUCUAGUUUGAACUUGCAUCCAGAACGGGAAGCUCUCAUAUUACUAAUUAGCCAGUAUAAGUAUAACACAGGGAGAGACAGUUGUGUUCAAAAAUAUUUCUAUUUAAUAUUUUUGCACAGAAAAAUAUAAUUUAGCUAAUUAUAAAUGCACUACAUAGGGAUUCGAUGGUUUCCUUGUUAGCUGUAGCUGACUAAUCAAAAAGUUUUGUUUUUUGAUCAGUGAUAAUGAUGGCUGAAAAGUGUUGUUUUUGUUUAAAAUUGGAGACGGGGUGUAUACUGCUGGGGAUAGCUACUUUUGUGGUAUCUUUGAUCAAGAUAAUUAUCACUGCCGUGAUUAUAUUACCAGUACACGCCGAGGCCUUUAAAUCACAGAUCCCGAACAUCGCAUCCAAGCCUCAUCACCACAUCUUGGAGUUGGUUUCGGACAAAUCAGUAAAAACUGUCCUCGUGGGCUUCGCUAUGAUUGUUUGUCUACUGUGGAUCGUAAUCUCGGUUAUGCUGAUCAUUGGUAUUGUGAAGAAGAGAGUGAACUUCGUGAUGACAUACUUCCUGUUCGGCGUUGCGAUGAGCAUCAUGUACCUGCUGAGCGCCUUGCUGGAAGUGAUCAGCGGUUUCUGGGUCACGAGUCUGAUCACCUUCAUAUUGACAUUGGUGUACAUCAAAUGCCUGACGUCCGUGUUCGCCGCAUACGACAAGAUGCGACAGCAAAAAGGCGUUGACGACCACGAGCAGCUGAUUGCUGACGACGAGCCUAUGAUCGAAUGUUAAAUAAUACUUAAUCAUCAUCUAGUUACUAAAAUUUAUUAGUAUUAGGUAUUCCGUAUAUACUAUAUAGACCGCGGCGCCGCCAGGAGCAUAUAUCGUCAGUCAUAGCCUCCCGGUUGAUACUUUAGAUGCUAUCAUAGAUUAAAGAAACAGUCAGCCGGUUUUAUCGCGGCGGAAAGACCGUCGGUUGAUGACAUGAACAUGUAAAAAAAUACACGCCUUACCACUUUAUGCAAAGUAUGCCUAAUUUGUAAAUUGCGUAAUCGUUUAUUUGGAAUGCUUGAUGGAAUGCUGCAUGCAAAGUUUCAUUUUUUUUAAUUACUAUCAUAAAAAGAUAAAGCGCUUCUUUUUUAACAUGUUCAUGCGACCAGCUGACGUUCUUACCGCCGCGAUACAACCGGCUAACGAUUUUUUAAAGUUACAAUAGCAUCUAAACUAUCAUCUAACAAAGUAUCAAACGGGAGCACGAGGGUUGAUUUUACAUAGCCAUUAUAUUAUAUACUAUAUGAGUUUUUGGCCGGGAGGCGAUAUGGAAAUCUGUUCCUGGCUCGCGGUCUAAUAGUAGCUAUACCGGGUAUAAUACCUACGGUAUAAAAUUAAGAGAUCCGAUGGAUGGAUAUCGAUAGUUAUAAACCCCGACCUCGAUAGAGCACAGCUUACGCCUACCAAUCUUAUGACUGUUGCGUUUUUGUAAGAACUUUAGAUGUGAGUUUGGGUACUCUUCCCUUUAUGCCUUUCACAAAAAUAACGAAAGCGAUCUCAACUAUAGUCUAAUCAAUCUAAUCAGCCAUUUGUGGCACCAUAAGUAUGUACUUGUACAGGGUGUUUUUUGGACAGUUACACUAUUAAGGACACUCUUUUAUACUGAGUAUACGCUUCGUAGUUUGUUUUCCGAUGACCACAUAAAUAAUUCUUCUCUUGCCAAUAACCUUCGCUCUGACUGUGACUCUACUUUUACUCAUGACAAUAUUUCUCCACAAGAGGGUGUUACAAUCUUAAAAAAUAUUAAAACGAAGGCUGUCGGUGAAGAUCACCUUAGUCUGGACAUGCUUAUGCUCGUGGCGGAUACAAUUGCCCCUAUCUUUUCCGAAAUCAUAAAUUUCUCCUUUUCAUCUGGUACAUUCCCUGCUAUGUGGAAACUUGCUCAUGUUAUCCCUCUUCCUAAAACUUCUAAUCCCACAUCCUUUUCUCAAUAUCGGCCCAUCUCCAUUCUCCCAGUUUUGUCUAAAAUCAUCGAACAUUUUGUUAAGCGUCGCCUCCUUUGACAUCUCCACAAGCAUAAUUUGUUGAAUCGGUUUCAGUCAGGUUUCCGCCCCGGGCAUAGCACUGUCACGGCGUUGGUGAAGGGCACUGAUGACAUUCGUUUUAAUAUUGAGAAUAAAAAGCUCACGGUCCUGGUACUUUUAGACUUCAGUAGUGCCUUUAAUACGGUGGAUUUUGAUAUUCUCCUUCAUAUCCUUCGUACGUUUAAUGUUUGUCAUACAGCUUUGUCUUAGUUCCGUAACUAUCUCUUUGGGAGGCGCCAGCGUGUCAAGGUUGACGACAGGUCUCGGAGUGGUGUGAUCUUUCUGCUGGUGUCCCCCAAGGAGGGAUACUCUCUCCUCUCCUUUUCUCAAUUUUCAUUAAUGGCGUUACUGAGUCCUUAAAUUGUAGCUUCCACCUUUACGCGGAUGAUUUGCAGAUUUACGCAGCGGCUAGCAUUGAUGAUUUUUCAUCUUUAGUUGAUAGAAUAAAUGGCGACCUUGAGUCAAUUCGUUGCUGGGCGAAUAAGUUUGGUUUGAAAGUUAAUGCAAAAAAAUCGCAAGCAAUUAUCUUUGGUGGUCCUUAUUUUGUGUCCAAAUUGUCGGAGAUGUACCCAAAGUGCGUUUUGAUAUCCCUUUUUCUUUUACAGUUAAGAACUUGAGUAUCAUCAUUGAUCAAACCUUGUCCUGGUCGGCUCAUGUUUCUGACAUUAGCAAUAAACUUUUUGCGUCUCUCCACUCACUGAGGCGUCUUCAAAAUUUCCUUCCUCUUCAAACCAAACUAACUCUCGCUUGUUCACUUUUACUCCCGUUGUUAGAUUACGCUGAUACUGCUUUCUUGGACCUUAGUGAGGAGUUACUGGACAAACUCGAGCAAUUGCAAAAUAUUUGUAUUCGAUACAUUUUCGGUCUACGUAAGUUUGAUCAUGUAUCCCAGUUUCGAUCGCAGCUUGGCUGGCUUCCGAUUCGUCGUCGACGAGAUGUGCAUGUCCUAUCAUUGCUUUUCAAUGUUCUAUUUAAUCCUGCUUCGCCACCUUACCUUUCCGAAAGGUUUAGUUAUUUAGCUGCUGGUAGUGGUCAUCGCCUUCGAUCAAGCACCAAUCUUUUACUCACGAUUCCUUCCAAUACGACGCGCACAUACAAGAAAUCCUUUACUGUCCAUGCCGUCAAGUUAUCGAGAUUCCGGUGUCCGUGAGGCAAUCCCAAUCUGUAGCAUCACUCAAGGAGAAGCUUAAAAAAUUGUGGCUUUCCGAUACUUUGGUUACGACUUCCUAGUUCCAUUGAAUACUUCUACUUUUUUAAUUUCCUUUACUUUUCUGGUUCGAAUUCAUAUCUAUUUAUAUUAUAUAUUGAAUAUUUAUUUAUUUUUUUUAUUUAUAUAUAUAUGUAUGUAUUAUUUUAUGGUUAUUUUUCUAUCUAUGUAUAUUUGCUGAUACAAAUGUGUAAGUAUUCUAAACGUGCAUUUCGUUAAUUUCAGUGAUUGUACACUUUUGUGUUUCAGUGAUUGUACACAUGUGUUUGUCAUUCAUUCGCCGUUACUUCUGUUUUACUCAUUUCGUCAAAGGUUAACUGGAAGAGAUCCCAUACAGGGAUAAGUUCGCCGUUGUUGUAUUUAAUUUACUCUGUAACUGUGUUUUUCGUGUUUUUAUUUCUAUGUACAAUAAAGUAUAUACAUACAUACGUACAUACAUAAUUUAUUUGAUGAAAAGGGUACUGUUACAGAUGUUCACGUUUGUUAUUGUCCUCCUUAUUCAGCUGUCCACAAACAGCAUGCAAAGAAUACAAUUGUAUAAGCAGCAAGAAUAUAAAAAAUCACAUCCACAUGCAUCUCUUCUCUGGUGUACCUAUAUUAUAUUAAUAUUACAAACCAAAUAGAUGAGUCAUAGAGGAUAAUGCGAUAACAAACCACGAAGUGUAUUUCUGGUUUAACAGGAUAACUCUCAGUUUAGAAACCAUUAACCACUUACUCUUUUGUAAAACUAUGAAAUAUUAGUAAGAUUGACAAAGCUUUCGAAGUCCCUGGUCCAAUUUCAAUGUUAAGUUCAAUUUUUAGAUUUAGGCCAGCCAGCAGUUUCUCCGGCGCGAGAGUAAGACGUAAAUGAGGUUGGCAACUGUUAAAAGUCUUUACAGAUGAUGCCAGGAUACGUUUUAACUCUCACUAGUUUUGUUCUACGAGAUUUGGCUUAAAGAGCUUAGAGACCAUUCAGGCCAUAAAACAUAUUUUGAUACUAUUCGUGGAAUUGACAGGUGACACUUGGGUAAAACAAUUACUGUACAAUUACUGGUGCUCCCACACUGGCAGUUAAGUUGCCAGGGAGAAUAUGAUAGUAUUGACAGUUUUAUAUUAUGUUUGUACCUGUCACGAUGUUAUGAAAUUGUAUAACCCAAUGUACCAGUGUGGGAACACCAUCACCACUCAUCUAGACUAUAUUAAACUAUAUUUUGCUUCGAUAAGAGCUGUACACGUUAGAGAGACAGCCAACUUGCGGCCUAAACUAAAUUAAAAACUUAAACUUGACAUACAUACACAUACUUGUACUUAACGCUGAUAAGCAGGUGCUGAUGCCUCUUUCAAUGGAGUUGGCCGGUUGAAGUAUUAUACAGAUGGCGCCAGCAUAGCCUCCUAAUCCUAAAAACCAGCCAUAUAAGUGAAAACUCCAGAAUUUACUACUGAUAUUAAAGUAGACAAAAGUGGGAAAUAAUAAAUAAUAUUUAGUUUAAAAAUUAAACACAACAAAUGCAACUCUAUUUCAAUUGGAUAUGAUUUAAAUUCCCUCGAACUGAGGAUAUGUGAGGGGUUUAUAUUCAAAACGUAAUUUGUCACCGUGAUGUCAAACUGACAAGGAAAGGUACCCAACUGUCCGGUUCCGAUUUGAUUUAUAUUUAUAUAUGUUAUAGAGUAGUCUAAAAUAACGGACACGUAUUUUUUUUAGCUGCCCAAACUCAACCUAUUGGGAGAAAUUGUCCUCCUAAGUACUAAAAAGUUACUAAAUCUUCUAACUCCUAUAGAAAGUGAUGCUCAAGCAACUUGCUAGUUAAUGGCUGGUAAGAGUAUACUAUAACAUAUAUAAAUAUAAAUCAAAUCGGAACCGGACAGUUGGGUACUUUUCCUUGUGAGAUAAAUGGCAAAAAACUAUUAUUUCGUAUUACCUACAACUGAAAGUUUGGGUUGUUAAUUAUUAAAAUAGUUAUUUGUUUUACAAGGGGGCAGAGUGGUUGUUUAACCGCUCAUGCUAAUAUUGAUACCCGAGCAAGCGAAAAGUUCCAAAAUUGAACCACGAGCGUAGUGAGCGGUUCGAGAAGUGGAAUCUUGAGCGUUGCGAGGGUUUCAACACACGAUGGUUAAACAAACUGCCACCGAGUGAAACACAAAAAUGUUCACCACGCCAACGCAAGAAAACUACUAACUAUGAAAUACCAAAUAAAUUUAAUCCAAAUGAACGUAAUAAAAAAAAACAUUCGAAAUCAUUUAAAAGUAAAUUCUACUAGCUAUCAUAAGGAAACAACUCAAAAUUUGCAUUUCAUUACUUUGUCCCACAUGUGGCUAAAGUGCAACUUCCUCAUUAGUUUUUGAACAAUCAAGAGAUCCUUUACCAGUUGGUGUGGUGAAAAGAAUAUUGCAGACUAAUACCUUUUUAAAAUUAUUCGGAAUAACUACCCAUACAAAUUAACUUAAACUUUUGCGAUUUAAAAAUGGACAAAUCGUGUUUUGCUUGGACAUUUUGAACAAAACCCUUUAUACACGAACGUUAUAAGGAGAAAUCAUAUUCUGUUCGUAACACCAAAUCUAUUUUUCAGUUUGACGUAAGAGUACUUUGAAAAACUUUACAUUAAACCAAACAAAAAGUGUUUUCCCCAUAGGCACAAUGGCGGCAACAGACUGUUAGCGAUUGGCUGAAGUGACCAAUCACUUCUUGUAUGAGAAAUUCUUAUAGACUAAACUCUUUUUGCAUAUGAUCCAUGAUCCCGAUAUACAAAAUCAAAAUACCUACCAUGGGAAAAUAACAUUUAUGCAGUGACGACACAUUUUAUAUAGAUGUUAUGUUUAAUUUUCUAUAGACUGGUAACAUUAAUGUAAUUUAGAAUUUUUUGUGACAAAUCAGGUUUUUAAUAUAAGCUCCUCAAUUAAACUUAGCAAUUUGAUUCAAAAGACAGACAUUCAUUAUAGUCUAUGACUGAGAUAACUGUUAGAUUAAUCUUAAAUUAGGAUAUAAUGAUUUGUAUUUAAGAGAAUCAUCUUAAUUAAGGGCUUUAUAAAAGCAGUUCUUUGUUGCAUUAACAUGUUACAGGCGUUUAUAAAACUGACGAUUUCACCAACGUCGUCUUUAAUUAUGUAUGAUGUAAAAGUAUGUUAGUAAGUAAAUUGAUUGUACAAUAAAAAAACUAUUUUGCUUAAG